UUCAGUUUAUAUCAGAGAGCCCAAUGGAGUCUUUUGAAGAACCCAGUCAGGUUAGCAGGGAUAACUUAUUAGAAGUCCCUACUUUAAGUGAUCCCCCUUCAGAAGAUGAAGAUGUUAAAACUACCCUUAAGCCUCGUUUCUCCCCACUUCCACGAAGGCGGAAUUCUGCUUCUUCAGAAGAUACAGAGCCAGAAAUCCCAUCUACCAUUGCAAGAAAAGUUUCCUUUGCUGAUGCAUUUGGUUUUGAUCUUGUGUCUGUUAAAGAAUUUGAUACCUGGGAAGUUCCAACUACAUCACAAAAUGAUGUCUUUGAAGAUGAAGUUGAGCCUGUGGAGGAAUAUUUUUUAUCUCCACUGUUUACUUUGCCUGCCUCAGAAGAAGAUCUUUUGCAAAAAGUGCGUGAAGAGAAAGUAUUGCUGGAGUCAGUUUUCUUCUUACCUGGAGUAACGUGUAUGAAUGGCAUUAUUAGAGUUCUAAAUAUAUCUUUUGAAAAGUUGAUAUAUGUUAGAAUGACCUUAGAUGAUUGGCAAAGUCACUAUGACAUCUUAGCAGACUAUGUCCCUAAUUCUUAUGAUGGUGAAACUGACCAGUUCUUCUUUAAGAUUUCAUUGGUUCCGCCGUAUCAAAGAGAUGAAGCUAAAGUUGAGUUCUGUAUACGUUAUGAGACAUCUGUUGGCACAUUCUGGGCAAACAAUGAUGACAAAAAUUACAUACUGGUUUGUCAUAAGAAAGUAACUAAGCAAGAGGUGGAUAAUAAAACACAAGAAGAUUUGACUGACAAAUACCUCAAAGGCUGCUUAAAGACAACGCUGAACAGCAAAGAAGAAAUAUUGGCAACAUCUGAUGAUGACAUAUGGAAUAAUUCAAGGACUUCAGGUGCAAAUAUCCCAGAAAUUGUUUAUUCGCAAGAGGAGGACAAAGACAUAGAACCAAUUAACAAAAAUGUAAAAGAUACAAGUGUGAAAUACGAUGAAGGUGAUAAUGAAGAUAAUGAAAAAGAAUUAGAGUUGCUGCUAAAUCAGCACUUCACAGGAGCUAGAAUUACUUCUUCCAGAGAUGAAAGGAAUUUAUACACAACAGAGCCAGUUAAUUUUCCAAAUGAAGCCCAAGGACUGGAGAAUAAGCUAACCCUUAUUGAAACCAGCACCGACUUGCUUAGGCAGCCUGUGCCUAUCAGUUCCUCCUCAGAAAAUAUUUUACAAGAGUUAGAAGAAUUACAUGAUAACAAAAAGUAUUCUAUAGGAUAUAAUUAUAGUCAGCCAUCAGCACAGGAACUUACUGCAGGCUCUGUAAACAUUAGUGAGCAGGCUUUGGAAUGCACUGAUACCGCCACCCUUUUAUCGCAGGAAUAUUUGCCUGGAACAAAGCAAAAUGAGACUAUCGGUACUCCUGAUAUUGUAUCAAGCAGACAAGAAAUGAGCUAUGUGGAUGUUUCAAAAGGUGAAACAGAUAGCGCCUCAGGAAGUAAGAUGACGGAGAGAUUAUUCAUCAGUGAAGAUGAUGCUUAUAUCUAUAAAGAGACCUAUGAAACGAGAACAGAAGCAACUUCUGCAGAGCAUGAUAAACCAAUGCAAUUAAGUGCAGGUGCAACAGAAACACUGGAUGACAAUGCUAAUCCAGCUGUAGAUCAACACAUGGUACAGAUGUCUUCCCAAACUCUAGAUUCAUUGUUUGCAGACACUGAUAAAAGUGAAGGAAAAGUCAAUAUGACUGAAAGCAAAGACCAGGUGCAUGUAAGAACAGAUUUAUAUGCUGACAUUUUUGCACAUUCUGAAACACAAGCCACAGAGUUGCUAUCAACUUUGGACAACAAACAUGAAGACAAUCCUUCAAAAGCGGAUGACCGGAUUUGUUCCCAUAUAGCUGAUAAAAGGAAGGCUGCAGGCUCUUGUGAAGUCACAGAGCUUACAUGGGCAAGAGACAGAGGACACUCAGGCAACAAAAGCAGAAGAAAAGAAAUCUCAAGCUACGUGGAAGAAAAUCAAAGGGAGGAGGGAUAUAGUGAAUUAAGUGAUGACUUCAGGAGAAUAGACAGUGGUUAUCCAGAUGCCACUCAGUGUAGAGUGACUAUUAUUCCCACAAGUGCUAUGUCAUUAAACCCAGAUGAUGUGUCCAAUACAAGGGAAAAUGGUCAUAAAGUUGUUGAUGAAAGACUGUAUAGUCAAUGUUAUUUUCCAACAAAUAGCAAUGUUUUGGAGACAGAUCCCUGUCAACCUAAAUCUGUGAGUAUCCUUUCAGAGGAUAAGAACAGAGUGCUACCUGAAAAUCAAAGUGGAAGUGUUUCAGAAAGGCAACUGGUAGAAAGAGAGUGUGAUGCAAAUAGAUCAGAACAUAUUAAAGAACAAAGAGAUGGUAAAGUUACGUGGGGAAUGUGGGAUAAUUCUGGGUGUGCAAAUGUUACUCCCAGAGAAGAAUUGUUUACCUGCCAUGAGACGGUGGGAUUUGAAAAGUCUUCUGUAUCUGAGCAUGAUAUUACACGGGAAGCAGAAGCAAGUACAGCUUUUAUAAUUAAAACAACAUCAGAAAGUGCUCCAGAAAAAAUGUCUGCUAGUGAAAAAGCAGUAAUUGCUAAGCUACCUCAAGAGACUGCACUAAGUGACAGGCCCACAGAGGAAAAGGAAACAGCGUUUGAUACACAUGAAGGGAGAAAUGAUGGUUCACAUUAUACUCUUUGUCAACGCAACACAGUGGGUGUAUUAUAUGACACUGAAUUUGAAAAGAAAUCAGUUUUAGAUAUUUAUAAUGCACGCGAACAUGAAACACUGCAAGGAGAAGCGAUGUCUGUAUGCAAUAUCAGAGAAAGACUUGCCAAAGCAGAACAUGACAUUGGAAAUAUUCCACCUGCAGAGAAAACAUUAUGGGCUUCUGCUACAGAAGAAGAGAGUUUGGAACAGGAUUUACAUUCAGAAGAGUCAUCUAAAUCCCCCAUAAAUCCCCAGCUGUCUUUGUACAGUAAGGAGAUUGAAGAGCUUCAAAAGGAGGAAAGCAUUUUUGAAACACAUUCCCAUUUGGGUGCUAAAAAUGAAACCGAAAUGCCACCUUCUGAUACAAAUAUCAUAUCUAGUUACCGUUACAAAAACUCUUCAGUGACAUCUUCUGAAGAGUCUAUUAAGAUAAUUGCUGCUGAAGCAGAAAAUACAGGGCAUCCAAAUACAGACUCUGCAUUCAAACCACUUCCCAAUGUUUCUGCUGAAUCAGGAUAUGAUUUCAAUCCCACAAGUGAAAUGACACAUAUUAAUAAAACUCUCUCUCCUGAAGUUGAACACAAAGAAGCUCUUCAGAGUUCAGAUCUGUUGACUUCUAGCAAUGGAAGAGAAAAGAAUAUAAGCCAGUGUUUCCAUCAAACAGAGUUCAGACAAGAUAAGUCAUUAGGGCCGAUGAUUUUAAUUAGUGAGCCUAUUGAAGAAGUUGAAGAGAGAGCCUCUCAAUCUGAAGGUUUAAUAACUGAGGGAAAAAUAUUAAACUGGCGUGAUGGCUCCCAGCAUGGAAGGCAGCUCGUUUCUGAUUCUGCUGAUAUUUCUGACCAGAAAAAUGAAGCACAUAGUUUAUCUAGUGAGUCUCUAGUUCUAAAGCGUAUCAGUCACAGAAUCUUCUUUUUUCUUUUCUUUGUUGUAUUUGUUGUAACGCUCUGUCAUUAUGAUUUAACGGUUUGUUUUGCACUCUAUCUGUUUUCCUUGUACUGGCUAUACUGGGCUGGAGGAAGACGCAAGGAGUCUGUAAAGAAGGAGUAACAUCAAGGUUCAUUGUCUAAAAUUGUCUCCUGUACUUAAAAUUUAAGGUUAAUACUCCUCAGCCCCUCAAAAGCAUUUUAACUGUUAGAUGGGAAUAUUCAAUGUCAAAACCACAGCAAGUUUCUUCUUGAAGCACCUUUUAAAAAAACAAUGCAUAUGAAGUUCAUGCCUUCGUAUAAGUAAUUAUUCUAUAUAGGACCAUUAUAUUUGGAUCAUUAAUGCCUAUAUGAAUAUGAGAUCUGAAGCACAUCACGUUAAAAUUAAGUACAGCUGCUGCUUCUUACCAGGCUAUGAAGAUGCAAUGCUUCAUAUCUCUUCAACACUUAAAAACACCAUUUUGUUCCAUUUUUUUUUUGUAGUAAAGCUUACAUUUUUUUCUGAACAUUUUUCUAAGGUUUUGUAUAGUAGUUAACACAGAGAAUGGCAUUAUGGUAUUUGAAUACUGACACUGCAACUGAUAAUCUAUUUUGAGAGAUGAAAACUGUUUGUAGACUAAAUAGUUCUUUCAAAUUUUUAUUUCAUUGUUUUGAGGUAGUGCAAUAAUAAUCAUCAUUAUUGACAAAUGUCAAGCUUUGACUCCAGUAACAUUUUGUAACUUUGGCAGGCUAGUUGACCUGCUUCCAUACCACAAGGUGUAAGAGACUGAAGGAUACACCUGUGAGCCCAUUAUCACUCACUUCCACAAACGUUCAUAGGUGGGUUGUUUUCAAGUGAUGUUUAUAUAUUUGCAAAUGAUGACUAGAGAAUUUCAUUGGAUUUCAGAUAUUCAUAUCUACAAAGCACGGAAUAAAAAAGGAUUUGAAUGCUUUGAUUGUGUUCAGAACUGGCUACACUGCCUUUUUUAUAUAAGGGUUUUUAACUAGGUUUUAUUAUUCAACAGCAGAAAAGCCUAAAAGGAAAACAUGGGGCAUGAUCCCAGCAUUCAAUAAGUUGGUUUUGUGCUGCAGAUUAGCCCCGAGUCUACCCUGAUGAGACAGAUGGGAGAAUUCCACUAUAAGGGGCAUGCUGUGGAGUUCACUGGCUCUAAGCCACUCUUGUCCAGUUUAGCAGCAAUCCACCAGUAUGUCACAAAAAGAAAGGAGCAUCUGGAGCACGCUGCACUCUUACAAUUUGGACCCCAGAAAAGUUCAGUGAAAAGGGGACACUGCAGCCAAGCAUAAUGUAACAUCCCCCCUGAGACUACACUAUGUUACUGGAGUCCCAGAGACUGAGAAAGGAGAAGAGUGGCUCUGAGCACUCCUCUGUCUUUCACCUCUGCACAGCUGAGGACAGGGCCGUGGUGAAAUUAUAUAGUGGCUGUAAAAGAUAUAGGUGCAAUAUAUGAAUAAGCUAGAUAAUCAAAAUGACAUGACCAUUAUUUGCUUAGCACUGAAGCAGAUUUAGCAGGUGGCUAAAGACUGUUUACAUAAUUCAGGAUGUUGAAAGACCCUGCUACAGGAGUGACCCUAACACUCCUGUUCUCCAAAAGGGCAAAAAUGCAGCAUCAUGUAAACGAUGCAUUCUGUGGGGUGGAGAUAUACGUGAAAACCUAUUUCUGGCUAGAUGCAUGGACUGUUUUGGACAGUAAUCUGAGUUGGUGAUAUUAGUGGUAUCUAGAGUGAUAUCCACUUUGUGUGGCUGGUAUCCACUUUGUGUGGCUGGCAGAAAAAGGUUGUCACACUUGCCCAGAAUCUCAAUGGUAUUUAGGUGAUCAAAUCCCAUUGAAAUAAUUGGAAUAAAUCCAAUAAAGGAUUUAGUUGCCUAACUCAUAUUUUGUGAUGUAAAAACCCCUCUGAGCUGCCACCUACCCCUGAAGUCACCUAAAAUCCAUAGACAUCGUACUCUCUGACCCUAAAAUUUCCCAGGUACUCAGAGCUGUACCUCUUUGCCUAACCAGAAUUGCAUCAGUCUGCAGAAUUCAUGUCUAGUUCAUGUGUAAACCCCACUGGGAUCCAGAAAGUAGGCAUUCACCCACUUAAGUAACUGAGGGGCCCAAUAUCAUAUGUGUUCUCAGAGUACAGGUAAUACACAUAUGUUAGGAUUGUGCUUCUCACAAAUAUGGACAUGGCUGUCUUCUAGUAAGAAGUCAGGUGUGGUAGCAAUGGUGCUUUUCACAUUUUAUAUAAAAUUCUAGUGGGAGAUUUAGGUUAUAAGUCCUCCACAGCCUAAGAGGGUUCAAAUUCAUAUCUUUCAUCUGGACAAAUGAGAAAGGAGAAUACCUAACUUACUAGGUAGAGGCCAGGCUGGGACAGGGACACUCUCAGUUCUUCCUGUGGAAGACAUGCCACUGUGCAGCAAUAAAAAGGCAAGAUUCACUGGGUUAUAGACAGCAUUGUUUUCUAGUCUAGUGGUUAGGGCAGUUACCUGAGAGGAAACUAUUUCUUUAUCACCUGCCUAUUUAAUUUGAAAUACAGAGACAGUCUUUAAAUUAGGGACCAGAUCUAGGUCUUCCCCAUCAAAGUGAGUACAUGAGCCACUAGGCUACAGAGCCAUGCCCCCACUUGUACUCUCUUUCUGCCCAGUUAAUCAAGCACUCUGUUGCCCACAUUUCCAACAGGUGCAAUAGCCGGGUAUUCUUUUCAGAAUAACCUGUAGUCUGUUGGCUAGGGAACUCUUCUGGGAGGCUGGAGAUGUGUGCUUGAAUCUUCUCAGGCUGAGUAGAGAAGUGAAUCCAUAUCUACCACUCCUGGAGCUGUGUAGUAAGGAGUAGGCUAUUGUGUAAAAAGUGACCUCUCCCCUCACCCUGUGUCCUUAAGGAAAAAGGAGGGAAUCCCAAUUAGUUCUUUAAAAAAUGGCUGUAGCUAACAACCUUCAAGAGAGGGUCCAGAGCUAUAGAUCUUACGUAGCCAGUGGGGCCUCCUUGCAACUCUCAGUUGGAUGCUUAACUCUUGAAGAAGGGUGGUAUUUCUAAUACAGCCCUGCGCUUAGCCUUAUACCUUUUGUGGCUUCCAUCUCACAGUACUGGCAGCUUUGGAUACGCUUCUGAGACAAAUCCCAUGUGUUGGAUAUGGAGCAAGUGCCUAAUCCAGGAUUCUGGUUUCCAGACAGCAAGAGCCUAACACAGGCACAGUAUAAAAUUGACUGCUGCCCCUCAAUUUUAGGUCCCCAUAGCCCCCUUUUUGGAUCUAGCCCUAAGCACCUAAACACCUUUGAGUGUCUGGGCCACAGUCCAUAUUGAAAAUAUACAGAUGGAUUCCAGCCAUAAGGGAAUGAGGCUAGCUUGGUUAAGGUGAUUACAGAGUAUUGAGGGCCUGUCAGGGUGUGCACUCUGGAGAAGCUUUUGCUCAUUGGUUUGACCUAGCAGUCAGGACAUCCUGGAACAAUGGGGAAACAUUGGUGUGGUAAGCACCUUGUGUUUAAUUUAGUGACUGCAUGUGGUUUCUUUCAUUUAUUUUAACUCAAAUUCUUUGUUUAGUUGUUCUACACUCAGUCUUAGGUCAUCUGGCUGAUGAUGGUGAGAAAAGGGAAAGGAGGAGAAUGGUGGGCCUGUGCUUAAGUGAGGAAGAAAGCACAGGGACUACAUCCCUAGAUCAGGAUUUGAGGAACGGCCAGAUAAAAUUAUGGAGAGAAGAGGUAUUUGCAGAAAAGAACAGAUAAGAUGAAUAAAUAUGUGUGGACUUGAGCUGAACAGAUGUGAUCUACUUUGUAUGGAUAUUCACUCAAAAGAAAAAAGUAUACUACAAAUUUGUAUGUUAUCAUAUAUCUUAAACAAUUAACUGGAGAUCAACUAAAUUAUAUUUUAAUUUUUCUGUCUAUUUCUAUUAUAAAUACAUACAGUAAGCUAACUCUAAAUGGCUUUAUUCCUGAAUCCAAUGGGUUAAGAAUUUCUAAAUCUGCCAUUUUACCAUGUACAAACAUUCUGAGUUGGAAUUUAGGAUAAAUAUUUGAAUGCUAGAAUAAGCAUAGUUUCAUCUAAAUACAAGUGGAAUGCUGUUAGCAUUUCUCAUAUUUGAACUGGGAUUUCUGCAUUCUAUAUUUAAGAUGUUUAGUCAGGAGAUCAUAUCUUAUGAUUGCAAAACAUAAGUCUAGAUUGAUCUGUGAGCACAGCUGCUGAACUGUUACUUAUGCACUUAAAACAACAAAGCAACUCAUUUUGUCUUUUGUAUUAAACAUUUGAUAAGAGAUCCUUUAAAAAUCCUCUUAUCUUUAUUUGUAGUAUAAAAACAGUGCCCUUAUAAUAUCGGAAAAACAUUCAACUUUAUGUUUCUACUUAUUUCAAUGAAGAAAUCAUUUUUGGCUAUAAAAUGUUGCUUUUCCCCAGUGAUUCACUUUUAAUUUGUCCAAUACUUCUGAUAGCUUGCUUCUUGUUAGCCAGUAAUGGUUACAUCUCCCAACAAAGCAAAAUAGAUGGUAUGGUUUUUUAUAGGUGAGUCUAUGAUUAUGAGAGGCCCAACACCAAUCUAAUAUAGGGAUUAAGCUAUAUUUUAUCAUGAAAGUCUUUCCUUACUCUAUCAGGAAUACAAGGUAGGGUAUACCCCCUGGCUGCUGCCUAAGCUAUACAUGUAAUGGAUAAAUAUGUCUUUUUAUUGCAGCAUUUCUAUACUGCUGGAACUAAAAUUCUGGAAAAAAAAAUCAAGGGAGGUUUGUAUCAGGGCACUUGGUUGUUAGGAGAUAAUGAGGCUAAACCUUACCAGUAAUGUCAAAAAUGCAUUGUGUGGUUGAUUGCUGGUUGCCAUCAGGGAACUUCUGGCUCUGCAGUAUAUAGAUUGCAGACAGCAGAGGGACAUGGCACAGACCAGUGACUGCAGGCUUCUGAGGAGCUAUUUUUGUUCAUCACAAUAGAGGUGACUGCACAUGCACACCUCCUGCUGCAGCCUUUGCUUUCACAGAC